AUGGCGGAGCAAAUCCAAACCUUGGAAGAGUUGCAUCAACUUGAACUCAAUUUGAACACGUUGGCUCCAAAAUUAGCACCGAAUUGUGCAAGUGUGACCGGUACACAGGCUCCCAAGGUGUUGGAACAACUCUAUGCUGGCGAAGGUUCGUCAGCCUUGCUAAUGAGUUGCAGCAAACUUUCACAAGCAAUGUGCCCUACAUGCGGUGGCCCAAUGGGAGAGCGAUCGUUCUGGGAUUUUGAGUGGGAGGUGGAACUUGCCAAGCGCAGAAUGAAACCAAGCUCGAGCUGUUUAAUCUGCGAAAAAUGCGCUGAAAUCCGUGACUUGCUUGGACUCAUCAAGAGGUUGUGCUUCGCAAAGGACUUGCAAAGAACUGGGAGUGAGCAAAGUGCACUGCUGCGUCACUUCCUCUCCGUGAAUGGUCACGAUGCUGCCAAUUCUCACUAUCUUCAGGAUGCAGUGUCAUUGGCCUAUGCCAUUUUCACUUUGCGCAAGGAGUUGAAGUUGGUUCCGAGCAGAGGUCCACCACUGCAGGAGCGAAACUCAGUGAGCUACUACGCCUAUAUUCACUCAGUGAACUCACUUUGCAAAAAACACAUAUUUCUUUACGUUUAUUUACAACGACCCAGUAGCGUUUGCAAAUCUGGAAAAGGUUUGUGUGAUUGGUGCAGGAACUCAUUGGCAAACAAGUGCAGCGCCCGGUGA